AUGGAGCCUGAUGCCCUGGUGGGGGCAUUCAGUCUGACCACUCUGCUUCUUGCAAGCAACAAACUGUCGCACAACAACAACUCCUUACCCGAAGGACUUUUCCGUGACCUUGGAAAUUUGCAUACAAUCAAUCUUGAGAAGAACAAGAUGAAAGCAUAUCCAGAUUUGGUGUUAGCUCCCCUCACCAAGCUCCACAGCCUGUACAUUGACCCCGUUCCAGAUGCUGUCUUUGGGUCUGGAUUCUCCAAACUGACAAAUCUCAAAGUUCUCAAGAUGGAUGGUGGUCAUUGUUCUUUAGAAAAAAUAACAAAUGAAACAUUUCAAAGUUUAAAUGAAACAAAACUUGAGAUACUACUUCUUAAUCACUGUCAUCAUUUAACAUUUUGUGAGACUGGUGUUCUUGAGCCUUUGUCCUUCCUAAAACAUCUGGAACUAACCAACAAUGAAAUUGGCAUCCAAAAUGUUUUACAUCUUCUUUAUCCUCUCGUUGGAAGGAACAUGACAAGAAUAUGGUUGAACAACACAUAUAUAACCCGAGCUCACUUCAAGGAAGAUGUGGAUGAUCGUAUCCUAACAGAAUACAGCACACGCUUUUUGACUCAGAUAUGUGUUUCGGAGUUGUCCUUGAAAGGUAACCGGAUAUGUUUAAUUGAAACAGGUUCUUUAUACAAAUCCCCCAUUCGUGAAUGUUUGGAAGUGGUCGAUUUUUCAACAAACCGCCUGAUUGGAGAUGCAUUGUUUGUGUUAUUUUUUGCAGCGUUCUCAAGACUGAGACACCUUGACUUAAGUCAUCAACAUCAUACAUAUGAUAGAGUUGAGAGCAUAUGGGAAGAAGCAGAAGGGAGAAAAAAGGGUAACCUCACACUGAUGCUUCCCCCAAAACUUCAAUAUUACGAUGCAACAAAUACAUUUAUGUUGUCAGUAACAUAUGAUGAAAUCACAUUUACAAACACCGAACAUCUUGACACAUUGCUUUUUGGAUACAACCAACAACAUGAUCGUGCUCGUGUAAAGGGGUUGGAAAAUGUAAGUCAUGUUGACCUAUCUGGAAACAAACUUGGCAAUGUUACUGAAGAAUUUUUUAAGUCAUUUUCAAACGUCAAAACGUUAUCUUUGAAACAUUGCAACUUACAAUUUGCCAACGAUGUGCUAAGAGCUCGGAAUAUAUUUGGUGCUCUUAAAUUAGUGGAAUAUUUGGAUCUUUCGUUGAAUGGCCUACAAUUAUUCCCAUUCAUCCUAAAUCAAAAUAGAAUCAUUCAUCUUAAUCUUUCGCAAAACAAAUUUGAUACUAUUCCCAUUGUGACAACUACUUUUCCACGUCUCACGCUUCUGAACAUGUCAUAUAAUAUGAUAGGACAUUUGGAUAAGUAUACACAAUCUGACUUGGAUUCUUCGGCUGAAAGAAACCGUCUGAAAGUCAUAGUUAAGGGCAACACUUUUUCUUGUGGCUGUGAAAAUCUGGACUUUAUCCUGUGGUUGAUGGACUCACCAGUAAUCUAUGAGUCUGACAGGAAUUUCCCUUGUAUUCAGGACAAUGGACAAAUAACAAGAACUGUUGAGGUUGUCAGGAAUUACAUGAGCAUCUACCGUCACUGUACUGGUAUAUGGAUGUUCACUCUCACAGUCCCAUGUUUGACUGUCUUCCUGACGUCUAUUGUAACUAUAUACCUUAUCUCCAAGAACCCAACAAGAUUCAAAAACAUUCUCAUGGGAAUACUUUGGUUUGGGGUCAAGUAUCUUACUCGAAAAGACUUUUCUUUCACACUCUACAUUGGAUAUUGUGAAGCUGAUAUUCCUUUUGUUUAUCGGAAAAUUCGGCCUGCAUUAGAGCUUUGUAAUCACCCUGUGCGUCUCUUCUUAAAAGAUCGUGAAGUACUUCCGGGUCAUGACAUUGCUGACGGAAUUAUAGAAGGUAUUAACAAAAGUUGGAAGACUGUUCUUGUUGUAUCACAUGAUUUCCUUGAAGACCCCUCUGCCUGGUCACAUUUCACCAUCAAUGCAGCAAUAUACUCCAUGAAUGCCCUCAUUCCUAACCGGAUAUUGAUCUUACUGGUGGGUGACAUUGAAGCAGGGGACCUUCCCCAGUGUCUGUUGAACAUGGUUGAGGAGGAAUUUAUAAUACACGUGGACGAGUACCCUGAAGAUCAGACAGCGUUGUGGAAACAUCUGAGAGAGAUUGCAAAUUUGAAACAAUAAUGGCUUAAUAAGUGGUAUGAUAAUCGGUAACUAGGCUGGUUAAAAGU